AUGGUGACCAUGACGUAUUGUAGUGGUUUGUUGUUCAUCCUUCUCGCAGCCGUCCCGACGAGAGGGGGAGAGACGGACCGGGAACUCCAAGGUAACGUCGUCGUGCAUUAUAUUAAAGAUGACCCUCGGUUCCGUCUGCUGCCGGAUCCGGAUGACCUGGCUCGAGUUGUAACAGGAGGCAGCCCAAAAGAAACACAACUGUUCAAGCAGUUAUAUAACUCAGCACUAGAACUAUUCGAUGUCGAGGGAUACAACUGGCUCAUGAACAAAGUUAUGGAUGAUGAUCUAUCCUUGAGGUUUACCCAGGCUCUGGCCAAGAUUGAUAUAUCUCAGCCCCACUGUGAUAAGGGAGAGAAUACACAUGCAGAACCCGUUGCACACCAAGCUGAAUUCCCUGGAGGCCCUUUUCGAAACGCAUUUGGCUUUGAUCUCACGAAAUGGAUGACAGGACUACUGGGCAGAGCACAGUCGGAAGCCGGUUCAAAAGUUCCUGGCCUCAGCAACAUGUCAAUGAUGUCCAUGACGAUGCUAAAAGGACUUAUUCAGUCUGUUGCUGCAGUUGUAAUCGAUGCCGUACCUCCUUUUAUUCCACCACCUCUCUGGAUACUCCGUCCGUUACCGUGUCUCCCAAUGCUGACGGGCGCGAAUUGUCUCGGAUCUGUGCUCUAUCCAAUCACAAUGUCCGAAUUUACAACGGCGGACGUCAGCGACUCCGUCAUGAAUGGUGUCAUAGGCAGUUUCCCGGCGAAAUAUCAAAGCAAAGUCGGCAAAACGAGCGAAGCUCAGUACCGCAUCUGCGCUAGUGCCUACCUUGGAAUGUAUUGUGCUAGUAUUUUCCCUAUUUGCUGGAUGCCUUUGGGACUCGGCGCGGGCAUGUCGAUGCCAGUUUGUUUCCCACAAUGCUUGGCAACGCUUGUCGCAUGUCCCGGCUUCUGGAUGGAUGACAUUGAGGGGGCCUGCAGUGAUGUGUCGGUUCCUCCUUUCUGCUCAUUCUCUGUCUUCAUCAACCAGCGACGAAUUCCUCCACAGUAUUCCUCAUACGACGAGUCGCAUCCUUUUCCAAAGGAAUGUCCAAGAUUCGAUCCACUCUACGACACACCCGAUACGUUAUUCGACCUGGAGAAAUCCCUGCCGUCGCCAAUCACGGAAGCAUCAAAAGAAGAGGCACCACAAAUACCCGUCUACCCAAGCCUUGGGAAGACACUGCGGGACUACGAGCAAGUUCGCCCGCCACAACACGUGGAGCCCGCGCCAUGUGACUGCAGGGGACAGCGGUCUCUUCUUCAAAUACAAUGCCACCUUCAGCCAGCAGAGCCCAUGACGGUGGCGGGCACGCCCCUGCAGCCGGCGACACACUACCAAGUCCCGUCCUCGGUACCCGAGCAUUGCUGUAUGAUGUGCAAGCAGUUCUACCAGGGCCCAUUGGAGGCUCCCUUACCAAAGCCGAUAAUUAAAGAGCAAUACCAACCCAGUGUCAAGCUUGGCCAUGUGAUUCCUGUGAAUCCGGUUUCCUACGCAUGGAAGCAUUUUUGAUCUAGCCAG